UUUAUUUUUAUUACUAUCAUUUUAUAAAAUACACAGCAUGCCUUUUAUUACGUUGUGACAAAACACAGUUAUAAGAAGGGAAUACCAUCACUUCUCAAUGCCACCUCGAAAAAAAAUUGGCUCCAUAUAGAAAAUCGCUUACUUGAACUCGGCCGUAAAACGCUACAACAGUGUUGACAACUGAGUUAUAGUUACAUUGAGACUGAUUUAAACAAUGCGAUUGACUUAUGAAAUAUAGACUGAUUUCCGUGCAUAAAUCAGCCGCAAGUUAUGGUUGAUUUACAGAAAUAUGGCUGAUUUACGAGAUAACGACUGACGUACGAACACAAGUUAUGGCUGAUUUAUACAUCGGCAGACUGAUUUGUCAAUAUUUUAGCUAAAUUGAUAAGACAAAGCUGAGUUAUGUUUCUCUGUCUGAUUUACUGAUCAUCAGCUGAGUACUGAUCAUCGGCUGGCUGAGUUAUUAAAUUUACGGCUCACUUUUGAGAGGUAGUUACGGUUCGUUUACUUAUAAUCAGCUGUAGUGAACUGAAUUUACAGUUAACUCAUCUUAAUUACAGCUGACCUAUUAGCGAAAGAUUAAUUACUAGAAUAUCAUUCAUUUAACGGUUAAGUUAUUUAACGAUAGGGUUGACUUAAUAUUUUUCAGCUUCGUUGCAGCUGAUUUAUUAAGGUUAAUUACUGAAAUAGUAUUCACGUUGCGACUAACUUACAUUUGUAGUUACGACUAAUUUAUUUAGGUUGAGUUAUGUAUUCGUUUGGUGGCUACCUUACCGAUUCCAUGUCAUCAACUCUUAUUUUUCAUAUCAUCAACAUGUCAAAUUAUGGUUUAUGUUAUAGACGCCGUGUCUUAUUCUCCAUAUUUUUCUUUUUUCUUCUUGUUCUUCUUUUUCUUUUUCAUCUACCUUCUUCUUUUGAUACCCAGAUCUGACAUUUUAAGAUACUUUCUUCAUCUAUUCUUCUUUCCUCAUUAUGAUUCUUUUCAUUCAUCUUUCUAUGAAAUCUUAUUAAUCCGGUAAUUACUGUUUCUGCGACGACAAAUACAUAGAUUGAGUUAGUUAAAAAGAAAGAGAAGAAGACGAAGUAGGCAGAGAAGUAGGCAGCAAAGACGAAAUAGACAAAGAGGAUGAUGAAUUUUAAAGCCAAUUUGAUAUGUUUGGCGACUCGGAUGGUGAGUCAUCUGAAGAUGAUAACUUCAGUUUAUACGGUGGGUCUCAAACAGAAGAUGAAGAUUCACCGAUGCUAUCUCCUAAGAAGAGACCUCAAAAAAUUUAUGAGCGAUUCAAAAAGAAUCUGAAGGUUCUAAGAUUUGAGUUAUGCCAACAAAUUGAAUGAGAUAUCAGUUACUAAUUCAUAUUUUGGCUGAGUUAUGUAUAAGAAAUUCCUGAGUUAUGUAAACGAAUUGACUGAGUUAUCAUUGACUAAAUUCAUGUUUCGGCUGGGUUAUGUAUAAUUAUUGCUGAGUUAUGCCAACAAAUUGGCUUAGUUAUCAUUGACUAAUUUGUGUUUUGGCUGACUUACAAGACAAGCCUAAGGAUUUUUGUCAGUUUAGCAUCUCAAGAUUAUCAAACAUUAUAUCUGAUUAUAUACAUAUUUACAAGCCUAGUAAAGAGUGUCAUAAUAAAUUCGCUUACCUAUGAUUUAAAUUUUCAAUUAAUACACCAAUAUAAAUUAUAUUUAGAAUUUUAUAAUUUGGAAUUUUGUUGAGAAUGGUCAUUAAUAGUCAUAAGAUAACUUCGUGGUUUGGCUGAGUUAUGUAAGAAAUGUCUGAGUUAUGCCAAAAAUGGCUGAGUUAUCAAUGAUUAAAAUUUGUGUUUUGGCUGAGUUAUGCAUAAUAAAUGUCUAAGUUAUGUCAAUGAAUUGGUUGAGUUAUCAGUGAAUAAAAUUUGUGUUUCGAUUUAGUUAUGUAUAAUUAUUAUUUUAGUUUUGAUAGAUAUGUCUUUCGUCAGGACGUUUGAAAAUGAUCAGGAAUGAAGCGCUAACUCAUCCCGACCCCUUAACCCAUCCUUCUCAAAGAAUAUCCAGAAUUGCUUGCGAGAGGGUGUGUAAAAAUUUAAAACCAUGUAACAGUUGUUCUGUCAACAAAAGCACUCGCACCAGGGUUUAGAACCGUGGUGGUACUAAACCCUGGUGGUUGUGGGAGGGCGAGCGUAAUAGAUACCUUCUCACCUUAAAGGAGAGGAAUGGUAGUGACGAGUGAGACGAGGAGGAGACAAGGUGGGAGAGAGAUGUGAGCGAUGAGAGAAAAUUAGUAAGCAUGGAGAGAGAUGAGAGACGAAGAAGAAGAAGAAGAAGAAGAAGAAGAAGAAGAAGAAGAAGAAAUGAAAAAAGAUCUGUUGAUAGAGAAAAAGAGAGAGAGGAGAACAAAUAAAAGGAAUAAAUGUCAACCUUUAGAUCGAAGUUAAUCCAACAGCCCGAAAUGUGAUCCAUGUAUCUGAAUCUGAUUAGUUAGAAAAUUUUGUCUUUUUUCUCUAUUUUUAUUUUUGCUUUGGCCUUCCAUAUUUGAUAAUUUGUUUUGUACGUAAUUUUUCUUAGUUAUAUCUUAUUUCAGAAUUUAUAUUUUGUAGUUUAUAAUUUAAGUUUAAAGUUUUAUUUUUUGAACUUAAUACAUUGAUAUUUAUUUUAAAAAUUGGUGUUUAAGUUUAAAAAUAUUAGAUUAACAUUGCAGAGAAGACAAUUGCGGAAAAUAUUUCGAAGAAGACAAUGUCGACUCAAACGACGGUGAAGAUUUAAUCGACGAAUGAAGUUUUAAGUUUUUUUUUUAACAACAUAAUUUUUAAGUUAAACUUCCUUUAAUUGAGAUCACAAUUAUUAGUGACGUGGAUUACAGUUAUUACUGACAUGAAUUUGUUUAUUAUUUUAAUUAACUUUUAAUUAUAAAUAAUCAAAAUUAAAAAAAAAAACUAACCAAGAGUGAUUAUUGUAAUACUAGGGGUGUACCACUAUUUGAGUAAUUUUUAGAAAAUGUAUGUUAUUUUGUCAUAUCACAACUUUUAUAUACUAAUUGAGUAAUUAUCCCUAAUAUUUUGGACCACAUAUUUUUUUUCCAAAUAUCUUUUAAGAAUAUCUAUUAGGUGAAAGACAGAUAUUACAUACAAGUGUUUUGAAUUUAACACGGCAUAUUAAAAAUCCACUCAAGUUGACUUGACAAAGUGUCUACGGUUCAUCGGGCAUUCCUAAUUAAUCCGACAAUUCAACGCUCAUCAUAGCUAUCUCCGGCAAUAGUCAGUCCAAAGAAAUCAUCAGCAUCGUCUCUGACAUCCGUCUAAGUGUUAAUCUAAAGCUCGAUAUAUAUAGCAAGCUAUAGAACAAGCGAAUGACGACCAAGACCGAGUCACCUCGAAUUCAAACAGUUACUCAAUAACAUGAGAUUUGAAAGCAUAUAAUGGAAUGAGAUAAACAAUAGUAAGUUUUAUUUCUUAACUUUUUUAUGGUCCAACCCUAAAACUUAGAUAAAAACAAGUUAGAUAUCAUUUGUUGAGGUCAAAACAAGAAUCUAUGUGAUAAGGAAUGUAGACCAUUGUUUCAUGAGGUGGCAUAUGAUGGAUAAUCACUACAUUUAUUAUUUUAAAAUCUCCAAAAAAGGAAAUACGAAAACUUAGAGAUACGCCAACCAUAUCAGAUACUACGAAGGUUCUGACAUCAGUAUUUAAUAGCCAUAGAUUAUGGGAAUCUGAAGAAAAAUAACAUCAAGAAUAACUAAAAAUUUCUCUCGAUCACCAUUUCUUCAAUGUCCAAUACUAGCGACAGAGGCGGCAAUCAAUUGGAAUAUCGGGAUUACACUUGUAAUGAAUGUGACAUCAUCAUGACCAUCCUCUCUUCUUCUACUUCUCCUUCUCCAUACUGCCCCUUAUGCAAUCUGGUUUCUACUUUUUCUUCUUCAACCCCUUUUGAAGUUGGUCCUGAUGAUCAUGAAAACGAAGACGACGAGGAACUGAUUCCAACCGUUGAAAUCUCAUCUUCAAUGUUGUGUUGUUCUUCCUCAGACGACUCUACUUUAGCAUGCGCCAUAUGCAGAGAAGAUUUCGUGAUUGGAGAAUCUGCUCGGAGAUUGCCUUGCGACCAUUUAUACCAUCAUGAUUGCAUUACUCCUUGGCUCACUAGUCAUAAUACGUGCCCUCUCUGUCGGUUCGAGCUACCGGGUGCAUCUAGUGAAGACGACAGUGGUUUGACCAUGUGGUUUGAUGCGUUGGCGUUAGAGGAUGACUUGGAAGAAGAUAUGGGAACCGUCACGCUCGAUUUGUACCAAAGUUUGGACGGCUAGAAUUGUAUGGAUUAAUGGAAUGUACGUUUUAGAACAUUUUCAAAUCUAUAUAGUAAUAAAGAAUUACUUUGUUCUAAUAUGUACUUCCAAAUCUAUAUGGAUUUACCUUGUCUUAAGCGAAUAUUAAUAUAUUUAUAAAAUAAAAAAAUAUUUUUUUUGGCAUCUAUAGAUUAUAUUAAAUUGAUGAACUGUAGCUCUUACAAACCUGAGCCGGCAAAAAAAAAAAUAUUUUUUCUAGAACCAUAACCUCGUGAGGCAAAAAUUUCUCCACGGAAACAAGAGCGAAACCAAAACAUACUAUAUAAAUUUUAAAAG